CAUCAUUACAUGGCCUACAUUACGUGUUUAAAAAACGUCCAGGAUUACAACGCUUUAUUUGGCUUAUUCUGCUCGGUUUUAUGUUUUCUUUAUUCAUAUGGCAAACUUCAACAAUUGCUCUGAAAUAUUUGGAAUUUGAUGUGACCAGUUCCAUUGAAUUGGUAACUGAAGAAGAAGUAAAAUUUCCAGCCAUUACAUUUUGUAACUUCAACAAAUACAGAAAAAGUUUUAUUAAAGACACAGACUUUUACAAAGUAAUUGAAAAAGCAUACCGUCUUUAUGAAAACGAGAACAACAGUGUCGAUUGGACAAAAUACCCCAAAGUAAAUGAUUUGAAUAUGACAACAUUCAUUUAUGAAGUAGGCCAUCAAAUGGACUAUGACGAUAAAACUAAGAAAGGAAUGCUUUAUUAUUGCACAUGGAAAGGAGAAAUAUGCGAUAAAACAUAUUUUAAACCGACGUUCACAGACAUGGGUCUUUGUCACACGUUUACUCCAGAGAAAAGCAACAACAAUAACGUAGCUGCUCCAGGCAAACAUUCUGGACUACAUCUCAAGAUGUCAGUGGAACAAUCAGAAUACAUUGGAUUUCUCGAGUUUUCAGCUGGAUUAAAAAUUAGAAUACAUGAUCCAGAUGAACUUCCUCUGGUUUCAGGAUUAGGUUUUGCAGUAAUGCCAGGAUCUCAUGUUUAUGCAAGUAUUACACGACAAAGGACAAUUUCGUUAAAGUCUCCUUAUAAAACAAUGUGCGAAGAUAAAAACUUCCAGGAGUGA